UCCUCCCAGUCAAAGCAAAGGUCAUUUUGCGACGAACGCUUCGUCGACUGAGGUUGUCCUUUAUAUCGUCGUCAACUGAGAUGUCGGAAACGAUGGAACCAGAUAUUAAAAAGAAGAAGAAAAUGGUAACAGAAAACACCGUGACUUCAGAGAAUCUGACGCCGGAUGCAAGCCGUAAUAUUUCUCGUAAGGAAAUGACUGAAAAGUUAAUUCAAAUUGUUGGCACAUCUGAGGACAUCAAACGCAGACAGGAGAUGUUUCGCAUCAUGAAUAUAGUCAAUGGAUAUGGUGAUAUUGAUUCGGUAUCUAUCUCGAGUGGGAGUCUCUCAGAGGGUCUUAACAUGAAGGGUAGUGAUGAAGACAUCACACUUAUUCUAAAACACGUUGUGGCUGUGCCUUCCUAUGCAUCGUAUGUUGGAAACGAGGAAGAAACAGUAGUUUUGGUCGACUUUGAACAGGAUUACCCAGGAUUUGCUAGGAUUCAUCCACUUCUUGACGCUACAGUCAGUGGCUAUGUCCAGAGCGCAAGUGUCUUGUCAUCUUUAUGCUUUCGAAAUCAGUUUCUAGGGAGUGGUCAAGAGACACAUGAUCCAUGCUGUAAUAAUGGUCAAUUGGACAUCGCUAUCUGUAUCCGCUGCCCGUUCUUACCAGAUAUUGUUACUGAAAGAUUUGAAAAUCGUGAAUCAAAAUGGCUGGAGGAAGAGUUCCAAAGGAAUAUGUUUGAAGAGGGAUGUCUUCUCGUUCCUAUUGGACCCAGGCUUUCUGAAAAACGGAGUAUCUUGUGGAGAAUAUCGUUUAUCUUGGCUGAAAGAAAAAUGAUCUUAAAGAUGAAUCAUGCUCAAAUCCUCUGCUAUGCAUUACUGAAAAUGUUCCUAAAGGAAGGGCUAGAGCAAGACAACUCUGUAAAAGAUCUACUUUGCUCCUACUUUUUAAAAACGUGCCUUUUUUGGCUGAUUGAUGAGACAGAUGAUGACGAUCAAGUGUGGAAUGUAGACAAUGUUCUUGACUGUUACGAGCUGUGCCUGGACAGGAUUAUCUUAUGGGUUACCAAUGGCAACUGUCCUAAUUAUUUCAUUCCUGGAAAUAAUAUGUUCAGUGGAAGAAUAGGAAAAGAAAAUAAUGAUGUUCUCCUGUCGUUGUUAAGAAAAUACAAAGCUGAAAGCUGUUUGGCGCUACUUCGUUGCGAAUCAUUUCGCUCUCAGACAGAGGUGUUCACCGACGCUCAAAGGGAAGCCAACUUAGAUUUGUUCUGUUUUAGGGUCUUACAUCUUUACCCUUAUGAUCAAAUUGAGUUGGCAUACGCAGCAGCUAGAGAUUUAGAGAAAAUGUACAAGACUGAAACUGACGGGUUUGUCCUUGGUGUCAUCAAUAAACUUCGGUCCUCUGCCCACCAAGAAAUCGCCCAAAUGCUACCGCUUGAGUAUAUCACAGAGGGCUCAAAAGAUGGAAGUGGUYACGCUCAGCAGGCAUUCGAAAAGCACCGUGACCAUAUCUUAAUAGGAGGAGAAUCAGAUGCGUUAARCGGGCCUCUCUUGCUUGCCUGCUUUCAUUACAAUCUAGGUCACUAUACCCAGGCGUUGGACUCUCUAGGUGAAGCUGAGAACAAAUUGACCCCAAAUUUGAUAGUUCUACGAAAGGAGAUCUAUUCCCAAGAGGAGUACCAGUCGUAUCAUGAUUCCAUGUGUGGUAAGGGUUUAACCUUGUCGUACAAAAUGAAACAUGCAACAGUCAAUGUACUAAUUAUGCUAGAAAACUCUUCGCUAAUCCCAGAAGAAUUCCUUCCUGAAGUUCUGUCACAUAGACCGUUAUGUAUGAUUCCAGCAACCGUUCUGUUGUACAGUGUGGAAUACCUUUGUCAUAAUAGACUACACGACGCUCACAAAAAAAUCAACGCCCUUGCCAAACUGGAAGACGCUGUCAAAAACAAGCUGUUUAUUUUAUCACGCUAUUAUUCAACUGCUUUGACAUUCCUUGGGGUUUGUUAUGAGACAGAUGGAGACGUGGAUAAAGCAUUAAAGUAUUACAGRCUUGCUUUAGAACAUCCUCCUGUGUUCAGAGGUGCACAGUACAGGAUAGAUAGACUUCAGUUUACUGAAUAAAUUACAAUUUUGAGACUGAAAAGGACACUAAACUCUACGUUACCCGGAUGAAGUAUGCAAGGAAAAUGGAAUAAAAGAAAACUUAAUUUACGCUGUUAGACUUAUAUCGCGAUUUUCCAAUAUUUAACAAUUAUUAUGCAUUGUGCUCACUAUCUGAAUUCUCAUUGGUCGAGAACCUAUGGAUAAUUCUAGCUAUCAGCAUGCGCCAGCGAAUUUCGCACAAAGAAAAAAAAAUAACGACAAAAAGAAAAAGAAAACAUAACGAAAAAAGAUAAAAAAUUAACAAAACAAAAUAACAAUUACGCCCAUUGUUGAAGUCAAUAAACUGCAGUUACCUGUUUAUAAUGAGUUUUUCUUAGAGGAAGAUUGGUGCGUCUUUUUCUGCCAUUGUAUUAAUAGUAAAUUAAUACUCUAUUUAUUCAGGGACUGUCUUUAUUAUAGAGAGUUCUUCGAUCGUUAAUAUGUGUUAUGACAUAMCACAAAAAGAUGAUAUUCCUAAUUAAUAAACACUCACACUUGCUAAAGUUGUCAUGAUAUUUAGCGGUAUUCCGAGAAUUAUUGUGAAUUA